UAAGAAGGUGCGCACUAAAUAAACUGCGGAGUCACUUUUCCUCUAAAAGUGAGCCCUUUAGUGGAUGGCGGAGCUGUUUAGCACCGGCGAGAGCAGCAGUGAGGAGGGAUGGGACACGGAGGACAGCUGGGGGGGUGAAGAAGGAAGGUUGCGAGCUCGCGGGGACGGCGUAACCCCGCGAAACUCGUCUCUUAUUAGUAGUUCGGGGUUGUCAGCCAUGAGCGGCCCUCCUUGUGGGACUCUCCGUCUCGACAAGACGCACGCCAUGGUCGGAGACUUGGUGGGCGUUUAUUGGGACAUUCCCUCGGUUCAAACCAGCGCCAGUGACUGGAUAGCCGUUUAUGAGAGGGGUGAAGAAGACAUUGAGCAGUACCUGGAUUAUCGCCUUCGUGGAGAGUCUCAAGACAGACAUGGUCACGUGACAUGGAAUUUGGACCACAAUCUCUUCGAAGCAAGUGAACAGACUGACAUUUUCUUUGCCAUUUUCCAAGCCAACAACUCGUGUCUGGCCCGCAGCUCAAUGCUAACUGUGACUAACAGAAACUUCUCGACCAGCAGUCAAGUGCUAUUAGCUCCACAAUCUACUGAGCCUUGCACCAUUAGGAUUGAAGGUAUAUUUUGUAGCAACUUGCGAACAAAGCUGUUCGGAAAACCCGACCCCUUUCUGAAGAUGGGCGUGGUCCCGGGACCACGCCUACUUCGCGCUGCCUGCCACGCCCAGAGAGUUGUCACCGACCCUUGUUUCGGCUCAGUCCACCCACAAUGGAUCCAGUCGUACGAGUUUGGAGUCGUGUCCACUGACGUUCUAGAGAUCGAUGUCAGAGAUAAAUUUGUGGCUAGUCGGCCAUCUUUCACCCAUUUCCUCGGCAGAGCCAGGAUCCCCGCCUCGCAACUACUGAGACGAUCAUCCGUAACACUGACUCUACCGCUGCAAAAACGGUUACCGAGCGAUCGAGUUACAGGGACACUUACUUUUACAGUCACUCAACCGACAAUAAUGGCUGAGGAGAGAGAGGAGAGAGAGGGGGGAAGGAGAGGGGGAAGGAGAGGGGGAGAAGAUGAGAGAAGAGAAGAGGGAGGAGAACAGAGAGAGGAAGCAGAACAAGCGACCAGCAAUGAGACAGAGAGUUCAGCAGUUACAGAGUCAUCGAUUCAAAAUCUCCCUGGACCAACUGCCACUCAUGAACCUCCAUUGUCUCUGGCUGGUGCCGAGCAAUUGGAAUUGGCGGGGGCGACCCCUCUCACAGCAGCUGCAAAUGACUCUCUCCCUCUGUCAAGACAGCUGUCACACGACCCACAAACGAAUUCUCGUCUGAACCAGAUCCGCAGCCAGUUGUGUGGGCGUGGCCUCCAGCGAGGGUCUCAGUCUCUCUACACGCGCUCCCCGGCCCACCAGCGUCGCCUGCAGUUCACCGUG